CUGAGGUUAGUGUAUCAUCUCUCACUCUCGUUUCUCCUUUGUGGACUUUGAGCAGCUCGAGUUCACGGCUAUAUCACACCUUCGCUCUCUCCGGCCAAUUCUGUAGUUCCCACAUCCUGGCUCCGGAUCACCAGCCAUGUUGCCUGACUUCCAACCUCCACAUCAUUGGUAGUGACUUUUCUUGCCGCUUCCGCUCGUCUGUGCUGCUCGGCUUCACCGGCGUUCCAUAGCUCCAGAGUUUUCUGCUUCGAAUGUUAAAGGAUUUGUUUCUUUUAAAUGAAGUAGUCUCGGUGCUGCCAUGAUUUCCUCGAGAACUCUUCAACACCUUUCAAUAUUGAGUGGAGCCUCCUCCCAGUUACUCUUUCGUAGAGUUUAUGGAGACAUUGCCGAAGUUGGAAGAGAGGAAACUGGAUCAAUUCAUCCGACUGCAUUAAUUCAUCAUCAUGCAAUUCUUGGAAAGGGUGUUUCUGUUGGUCCUUUCUGUACAGUUGGGUCUGCAGUAAAGAUUGGAAAUGCUUGUCAAUUACAUGCUGGGAGCCAUGUAAUGGGGAAUACUGAAUUAGGCAACAAUUGCAGUGUACUAAGUGGCGCUAUUGUUGGCGCUGAUUUGCCAGGUCAAACAAUUAUUGGAUGCAACAAUGUCAUUGGAUAUCAUGCAGUCGUUGGGGUGAAGUGCCAGGAUUUGAAAUACAAGGUUGGGGAUGAAUGCUUUCUAGUUGUUGGUGAUAACAAUGACAUCAGAGAGUUUACAUCAAUUCAUCGAUCUUCUAAAUCAAGGGACACUACGGUUAUAGGGGACGGCAAUCUUAUUAUGGGUUCUUGUCAUAUUGCGCAUGAUUGCAAAGUAGGUAAUAACAAUAUUUUUGCAAACAAUACUUUGUUAGCAGGCCAUGUUGUAAUUGAGGAUUGCAGUCAUACUGCUGGGGCUGUUGUUGUUCAUCAAUUUUGCCAUAUUGGAUCAUACUCCUUCAUUGGUGGGGGAUCUGUGAUUUCACAAGAUGUUCCAAAAUAUAUGAUGGUUUCCGGAGAUAGAGCAGAAAUUCGUGGCUUGAAUCUUGAGGGUCUUCGACGAAAUGGAUUUUCAAGUGAAGAGGUCCAGACAAUCAGAAAAGCAUACAGAAAGAUAUUCAUGAGCAGUGAUACGGCCGCCGGAAGUUUCGAGGAACGGCUAUCUGAAGUGGAACAGAACACAGAAUUGUUUGGAGUUUCUGCUGUUUGUUCUAUGGUGAAAUCUAUCCGGGAUUCAUUUACUGAAAGUCGCCGAGGAAUAUGCAAGUUUAGACAUUUCUGCAGCAUUGAUUCUUCAUUUCCCAUCUCCUUCCUCUGUUUAGCAGGACAAUUCAAACCCUAGUUAUUACAAGAACUCCUCCGCUUCCGAUCUUUACCAGAAGUUCCAAUUGCUCUCGCUGUUAUGUAUCACCGCCAACCACUAAUCUUGCAUCUCCUCCACUUUGUCUUAAUGUAAAAACAAUCAAAGCUGCUUGUCGUCUCUCUUUACACAGCAGCAUGCGAGAAGACCUCUGCUUGCUUGUUCUCUUUACCGAACAACAAAUUACAGGGUUUUCACAGGUGUUGAGGGUUAAAAACGUUUUUAGGU